CUGUGUUUGGAGCUGGAGCAGAGCCCGGAAUACAUACUUGGGAAAAUUAGAAGGGGAAGUCGUCUUCCGUUGGGCCCCGUGGGACUUAUCACGGUGUUAAAGAAAGACUUUUCCGUAGUUGUGCUGUUUUUCCUCCUCAAAAGAAACCACAGCCGGACAGUCAGUCAUGCAGUCCUGCAGCUCUACUCACCGUUUUCUGAUCCUACUGACCACUACAUUCACUAUUGUGUCUGAAUCAGCUGAUCCAGUGAAGGUGAAGCUUCAUGACUCUGCUACUCUGCCCUGCUAUGAGAGAUGCUCUGGUUCAGCGAGAUGGACUGUGUUUCACAAACGCAGUGACACUCUGGCUGAGUGUGAUCAGACUUCAUGUAGAUCAAAGAAGGGAUAUCAGAUGAUCCAUGAUCAGUACCUGAAGGGAGAUUUUUCCCUCAUCAUCACUGAGGCUGAUUUCAGUAAGAGAGACUGGUACAUGUGUGACUGUGAUGGUAAAGAUGUCUGUGAUGUUCAUCUACAGAUUGAGCCCUUGAACACUACAGUUGAGAUAAUGGCCGGUGAAUCUCUGAUCCUAAGGGUGGACGUAUCAGAUCCAGUGGACUUGAUUUAUAACAGCGCCGGUACACCUGGACCAUCCAGUGGUCAGAUCUGUACAGUGGAUGGACCCUCACUACAGUGUAAACCUGAAUACACACAGAGAUUAUCACUCACAGCUGGUCUUGAGCUGAGAAGAAUGACUCCAUCUGAGAGUGGAGUUUACAUUAUUAUGGACAGCAGGAAUAAAGAGGUCAUUCACACCUACACAGUGACCGUCCAAGAUGUACAGCAGAGCUCGAUAUGGAAGGAUGGCUAUCAGAAAGGAAACAGUGAUGGGCAUCAGAAGGGAAGUGAAGAUGGAUAUCGUAACGGAUUGGGAAUCGGAGCAGUGGUUUUUGGGAUCAUAGCUCUGGCUCUUGGUGUGAUUCUGGGAAUGUUCGGUGGGCCCCGGGUGCGUCCUCUGAUGGGCAGAUGUGUCCAGACGUUCGGAAGUGAAGAUUCCUCAGAAAGAAGAAGAGGCGAUCCCUCAGGUGGGCUACGAGCUGAAGACGGGGAAAGUGGUGUUGCUCUGGCCAGAACUGCCCAGCCAGAGCUCUGAAGAAUAAACAGAGUCUAUAAUUUUCUUUUUCAGAGAUUCAGUGUCUUCUGGAAAAAACUUGAAGAAAAGGAAGCUUGAUGUGAUGAGUCUCAGCAACUCCUUAACCUCAUGAGACAGCAGAACUUUAGUCCUCUAAACAGCUGUCUGUAAAACGUCUCCUCAGUCGGUUUUAUUUUGAGAUCAGACAAACACGUUACAGGAUUUCAUCAGUAGUGUGUUCAGUAUCGUUCAGUGAUUAAUGGUAAGAAUCAGGAUGGAGUGGCUCAGAUUCUUCUAACACUUAAAUACUUUGUGUGUUUUAAUUCCACACUUCAAAUUUCUGCCCAUGUUUAGCUUCAAAUAUGUAGAAAAUCUUUGAUCUUGCCAUGGAAGAGAUUCAGGAGACCGGGGUUUGCAGAAAUAAUGAUGGUUUAUUAAAAAGAGAGCGCUCAGUAUAUCUGCCUUAGUCCCACCCCAAUCUGAACAGCAGCUCAGACACUCAGCUUUUAUGCUAUGAAACUGACCCUCCAGGAUGACUCUGGGGGGUUAAAUCUUGUGACUAGUAGUUUUGGAGGUCACUGUAGGGCUUAGCAGGGCUUUUAUCAGAAGUGUCCAGUCUGGCUCUGGGAUAUUGUUUUUGGUAUUGAUGGAUUCUGAGAGUUUUUCCAUGGAUAUAUAAUCCAUUAAUUGGUUUUUCCAGUGGUUAAUGCUGAUGUUCUGUUUUGUUUUCCAGUUCAUGGUUUUCUUGGUGAUGGUUGGCCCUAUGAGAAACAUUCUAUUAUUCUCUUUUGUCUUAUUGGCUGUUGAUAUGUCUCCUAGCAGGCAGAGUGAUGGUGAUGGUUGGAUGUGGCUGACAAAGGUGUGGGAUAGGAAGGUGAUGAUUUCUUGCCAAAACUGAUGAACGGGUGUGCAGUGCCACCUGGCAUGGAUGUAGCUGUCGUUUGUGUGCAGAUUGCUGUGUCUGUGAAUCCCAUUUUAAACACUGUGUGUGGUGUAGUGCUCUCUGUGGAUGAUUUUAUACUGAAUGAGUUGUAGGUUGGUGCUCUUGAUCAUGUGGUGGUUAUUAUUGCAUGUCUGAAUCCAGAAAUCUGCAUCAGGAGUUAAUGAUAAGUCUUCCUCCCAUUGUCUGGUUGGUACAGUGAUUGUGAGGUUUGAUUUAGCUAUUAUUUGAUAUAUUUUGGACAGUAGUUUUUCAGUAGUGAUGUUAAUAAAUUCUGAGAUUGGAAUCCGUAAGUCCAGUGUUUUUGAGUUGAUUUUUGGACAUAUUACUGAUCUUAGUUGUUGGUAUUGUAAAAACUGAGCUCCUGAUAUCAAAUUUCUGGAUUAGUUGUGGGAGUGACAUUAAGCUAUCAUUGUGAUAAACAUGAUUAAGAUGUGUGAUGCCUUUUUCCAUCCAGGUGGAGAAGUUUAAUGUUAUUGAUGAUAAAGUUCAGGUUAUACCAGAUGGAAGUGUAGAUUGUUGGUGUGAGGACUGAAUUUGUUAUCUUGUGAAGUGACCACCAAGCUGUCAGAGUUGUUGCCACAGUUAUAUUGUUUUUUAAUUGACUGACUGAUAAAUGAUAAAUCAGAUAUUUGGAUGUCUGCAUAGUGCCUGUUCUAUAUUGAUCCAUGAUCUGUCUGUAAUGUUGGGGUUUUUCCAUUUUAGUAUGUACUGGAGCUGAUUUGCAAGGAAAUAAUGGAAGAAGUUUGGUGGCUUCUAGGCCAGUGUUAUGACUGCUGUUGGUGUUUUUUGGUGAGAGGUGUGGUCAAUUAGAUUUAACACUCUGCGAAUAUUGGUAGUUGAAUGACGGACUUUGAUGAAGCCUGUUUGGUCGAGAUGUAUUAAAUCAUGGAUUACUGUUUUGAUUCUGUUGGCUAGUGCUUUACUUAAAAUGUAUGUCUGUAGUAAUUUUCUGCAGUGUGAGAUUUUGAGUUGUUGCUUUUUGUUCUUGUGUUCACAGAUCAGCUGUGUAUUCUGUGCAGCUCUUUAACAGAGGCCUUUUUCUGAACUGUAGCUGCUGUAAUGCUAAAGGUACUUUCAGACCAGAGCAUGUUAACCUGUCUCUGAAUGUAGCUCUGCUUUCAGAACACAAACCCUUUAAAUACAUAAACACUGGUUAUUAACUAAACACUACUGUAAUCAGCUGAAAGCACUGUUAUUAAAGAUGCUGAUGAAUUCAACAAAGAGAAAAGAAUAUAAUGUGCAUGUAGGUGAAACGCUUGUAAAAACUCAAGGGACAAAAUAAAAAAAAAUAUCAAAAAAGAGAUGGUCUGUAUGUGGGAGAUGGUCUGCCUCCAUUAAAACAAAAAAUAUUUGUGCCUUUUUCGCCUCCUGAUGCUGUAAUAAACGAGCUAAAAAGAGAGCUAAAACUCAGCUUUAUGAGGAGCUCGGCUCUUUAGCUUCAUACACUACACCUGUAGGAGGAAACCUGGGUGUGAUUUAGACUCUGAGCUCUGUUUAAUGUAAACACAGUCACUAAAGUAGCUUUUUAUCAUGUGAGAAAACUGUUAAAGUUCAGCCUUUCUAUCUUUUUUAGGAGAGAUAAUAAAGCUCUGCUGCUGUUUUUAAAGACCUAAAUGACCUUAAAGCUCCUGAAUGUCUGUUUAUGAUCUUAGAUCUGCAGGAUAAUCAUAACACUCGUUGUUUCUUGUAUUACUGUUAAACAUUAUCAUCUGUCUGAAAACACUGUAGAGCUGCAACUGCAUGAGAAAUACUGUAUGAAUAAAAGAUACUGGAUUAUUAUUAUUAUUAUUAUUAUUAAUGUGAAAGGAGUUUGGGAGAAUGUGUUUUAAUUUGUGUUUAGUGAUUGAAAAACACUGUAACUGGAUUUGUAUCAUGUACUUUCUGGUAUGUAUUCAGUGUGUCUGAUUCUUACAGUGAUCAAUAUUAUAGAUAAAACAGGAUAAAAAUGAUAGGAAUGUAAAUUGAUGUAAUGGGGUUAAGCAGUGAUAAUGGUACGAUAAUUAUGUGUAAACAACAUUGACUCAGUGAUUCAGUUUAGAUUCUCUUCCAUUUAAUGCACAUCUGUGUAAUUUCCUGUAAUACACAAAGUUUUUACAUUUGUGCUUACUGUGCGUUUACUGAUGAAAUAAACGAAUGGGUGCUCUGA